AUGCAAGGCAAGGCAACACUGAGGCUGCCCAACACUUAUCCAACCACACUUGCAUCGCGGAAAUGGUCCCUUGAUGCCCAUAAUGGUCUCUUGCAUGAUCCUUCUGAUGAUGAAUGUAUGCUGCAAAAGAAACAAAUGGGGCAUAGCAAAAAUAGUAGAUCAAACAAUGCUGGUGCAUGUGCUCAAAUACAGGAAGCCAAUUGGCUACAUCUCCCCAAUCAGUCAGCAAAUCUUUCACCCCUCCCCAUACAACACCAUCCACAUACAGACCUACACACCAUGGGUCCCACUCAGGAAGAAUCUUUGUCCAACAGUACCUUAUUUGAAGAGCCUGGUCAGAAAGCAACUCCCACUGGACAAACCCAUGUUGGGCAAACAAGUGCAUCAAAAGUAAGGUCUUCAUCAACUUCCUCUGCAGCACCUUACAUUCCACAAGAGGGUUAUGGCAUGACUGUGUAUCCAUAUCCAUGGGCUGUACAGGAAACUGUAUGCAAGCCACCAAAUUGUCAAGCAAAGGAACAAGCUGAGGAGCUCGUUGCCAAUGCUGUAGCAGACUCAGACCGUCUCCAAGAAGAACUGCACUGCACAAGAACCAGACAUGCCCAAACUGAAGCGCACCUGCAGCAGGUUGGAGGACUGGACAACUUCAAUCUCUACUUCUGA